UUUUAUUCAUAAAAUUACAAGUAGUUAAAAUGAAGUACGUACGGUUCUGCUUCUAAAACCCCUCAACUAAAACCCUAGCCCGCUUUCUCUCUGGCUCUGUGCAACCACCAGAAUCGUUCGAUAUGGCGAAUGCAGAGUUUUUCCAAACGGAUUGCGAGUCGAUUUUGUCACAAAUUAAGCAUCAAGAGAAGCAGAUGAGACUCAAAAGAAGAUGGUUGAUGGGGCUUCCUACAUCCAAAUCUGACAGAAAGCGUUUUGAAGAACCUGAGUUUUUGAAACAGAGGACUUUACCCGAGUCUUUGCUUAGGGAAGAUGAUAUAUUCUACGAGACCAUAAGAAUGCGUAUAGAAGAGGCCUUCGGAGCAUGUAAUGCUGAAGGAUGGCACAGUGUUAACGAAGAUCAUAUGGUAUUGUCUGGCACUCGCAGUAUAACAAGAAAAAUUAUGUCACACCUUGAUGAUUUGACCAAUAAGGGGCUAUAUCUUGUUGCCACGGUUCUUACAAGAGGCUCUCGCGAGUUUGAGAAAACUCGUUGGAAGAUGAAGAAGGUAAUUAAAGAUCUUCUUCCAAAAGUUUUGGGAAGCAGAAAUCACAGCCAUCAAAUUAGCAUAUGCAGACAGCUAUCUCAACUUCUCAGUGACCCAAAAAAUUUCCAAGAGAAAGGUGUGACAUUUUUUAUGUCUAGAUCCCAAUCCCAUCAUGCUGCUGUGAAAAAGGUCCUAUCUGGACUAAAAAACUUGCCUUGCGAGAUCCUGAUUGCGAUGUACAGGAAGCUUAAAGGUUCCCAAGCAGGCAUGCCUCAAUUAUUGCCUCGCAGACAUGGAUGGGGUCGAGAUUAUUUAAUUAAACAAGUGAGGAAAUAUAGCGAAAGGAUGCUUUCAGAACUUGGUGAAGGGGACGAGUUACAAGAGCCACUAGCCAAAGCAAUGUCAGUACCUGGCUUGCUGCUAAAGCUAACACCAGGUUUUCAAAAUUCCUCUGUGAUAGAGUUUUACCCAUUCUCUUCAGAAGUAGAAAGCCUGCAGAAUGAGAUAGCAAAGGCUAUUUUGUUACUGAAAACAAAGGUUAGGUUACCGGUGCUGAAAAACUUGCAACUUUUAUUAGACCCGAAUGCCAAAAUAUCAAAUCGGUCUUUACGGACAGCAAUUAGGAAAAUGUUGACUGAAUAUCUCUUUGAGUGCAGUGAAAUGGAUGCCAUUCCAAAGUCUAUAUUGGAAACUCUUGCUAUUAUCAAUAGUACUUGUAAAAAAAAAAUCAAUAGUAAUUCUCAAAGUACACUACUUGGAUGCUUUAGUAAGGAUAAAGUUGAAGAAGAAGUAGAAUGUAUAUUGAGUGUGAGUGCUCUGACAAAGCAGAUUGUGUUGGAUUUGCUGCCUGACCAUGACUUUGAUCAAGAAUUUACCGAUGCAUAUAUGGAGGAAUUAGAAGAAAGUGAUGAUGGUAAUGAUGACGAUGAUGGCUGGCUCCUGGAAGAUAGAAGGUGUCGGAGUAGUAGGUCUCGCUAUACUGAUUCAGUUGAUGAAGUAGAAAGUUCUGCAGAGUCAAUACCAUUCAAUGUAAAGCCACCUACAUCUACGACCAACGGAAGCAUCUCUUCCUCCCCAAUUACCCCCAGAAAGACUUAAGGUGGUUCUGUUGAGGGACUUAAACCUAAUGAUUUUAGUGGAAUAGAUUCUAUCAAUCCUAAUAGAAUCAUUCCUUCCUCUUUAUCCUGGAAAUCAAGAUUUCAUAGCAGGAUGGUUGACGUGGAUAUUAACCAUAACAAAGUUGAAAGUACUGGCAGAUCUUUCAUGCCUACAGAUAACAAUUAUAUCCCCUCACCUGUUUCAGCAAACCAAAGGUGCGAGGGAUGUGAACCUGAAUGCAAUUCUGGAAUAGCUCCAGCAAACACUCCACCUUUCAUUUCUUCGAACUUUUCAUGUGGGGAACAAACAGCUAAUAAUGACAAGCAAAGUAAAUGUAAGAACCAAUACCUUGCCAUCCAAGAAGUUUGUGACGAAACUAGUAUGGUUGCCUACAACCUCAUUGGUCAUUUGCUGGAGAAGCUAGCACAAACAGAAGGCUUAGAUUUGGACUGGAGAGACCAUUUGUAUUUACGAGGUGAUAAUUCUAUGGAAGAAGAUUCUCUAGUGGGAAAGGAAGAGCAGAAUUUAUCUGAGGCGUGUGAUGGAGGUUCAGUUGUUGUCCGAAUAGUUGAAGAGCAAAUACCUUCCUUUCCUAAGAGUGGAAUAGAGAAAGUGAAGAAAUUGUUGGGCUUAUGAUAGCAUUCUUUGAGGCUUUGGCGGUUUCAGAGGUCCUGACGGUUGUUUGGAAUGCCUUUGCAUUCUUUUUCCAGCUUGCCCAUACCUUCUGAGUUCUGACAUAGAGGUGAGUGUGCUGUUUGUGAUCCUCCUUCGAAGUAUUGACAUCAAUAGAGUUCAGUUGUGGCAGUGUGACAGAUGACUGUUGCCCUUAAUACAGGUCACGUUCUACAUCUCAUGGGUUUUGAGCUUUAUCUCACUUGAAUGGAAAUCCAAAUGAAGAAACCCAGAUUUGAAUA